UAUGCUGCUUUCCCAGCCCCUUUGUUCAGAGACGCCGGUGGGUUGAGUCACAGACAGAGGGAGGCUGUGCUUAAUAACUAAACUAACCCACUCCACCACGUCCACUGUGGGAGACAAGAGGCCGGAGGAGACGCGUCCAAAACGCCGGUUCAUGCUUUUUUUUUUUAAAUCAGCGACAGGAAAGUUGCUUUGAAGUGUUGCUGAUGCUGCGUUCGCUGCGCGUGGAAGCUUCCGGAGCCUGAUCUCUCAGUUAUCGGCCACUGAUGGUGGAUGCAUGUCGGUGAUUUUUGAGCCCCCCCAAGAAAAACCGAGGCAGUGAGGCAGCCACCGCCUGUUUGUGUCAGUGAUUGUGUGAGUCUGUACUGCAGCUGCUGACUCCGUGCAGUUGUUUCCAUCCUCCUUUUCAACAUCUCAGCAUCCAUAUUUGCAUCCCAGGGAGUGGCUGCCACUAAAAAAAAGCCAUCCCCAUCCAGGGAGACAAAUACAAAGUUGGACUCCUUAUUUAAAUUCAACACAUGCAGCCAAACAUGGACAGUGCCGGCCUCCUCUCCCUCGUCUAGUGCCUGAUCCGCGAGGCGUCAUCUCUCAGGUCCAGGUGCGACUCCCUGCCGCCGUAGAAUGAACAUGCUCAAGUCCAGUGGACUGAAAAUCCCUGGCCGCGGGCCCAAACAUUCCAGCCCAAUGGGAAGGGGCUCAGCGGGCGGAACGUCCAGCCCCGUCGUCCCUAAAGAGAACAAUCCACUGAAGCUGACGCCGCCGCCUAAAGUCUCCGAAGAGGGCGAUGACGUUUUGGGGGACUACACGGUCGGCGAACAAGUCUGGGUCAACGGAGUCAAACUGGGAAUUAUCUCCUACCUGGGGGAGACCCAGUUCGCCCCGGGGCAGUGGGCAGGCGUGAUUCUCAAUGACCUAGUUGGCAAGAACGACGGCUCAGUGGGCGGCGUGCGCUACUUCGAGUGCCAGCCCCUCCAGGGCAUCUUUACACGGCCUUCGAAGCUCACGCGGCAGCCGGUGGGCGAGGGCAGCGACAGCCAUUCCACGGACUCACUCUCGGCCCAGAAUCAGACUCAGCAGAGCGGCACUGGCGCCCCUUCUGGCCAGAGGGUGGUGGUGACACUCAGAGAGGGCCUGCUCAACAGCGCGGUGAAAACGGGCAACGAGUCUGGGUCCAACAUGUCGGACAGUGGCUCUGUCAAGAAAGGUGGAGAUAAGGAUCUUCGAGUUGGCGAUCGAGUUCUGGUCGGAGGCUCAAAGAUGGGCGUCAUCCGCUACAUGGGCGAGACGGACUUUGCCAAAGGCGAAUGGUGUGGAGUGGAGCUGGAUGAGCCUCUGGGGAAGAACGACGGAGCAGUGGCUGGAACAAGAUAUUUCCAGUGUCUUCAAAAGUUCGGCCUCUUCGCUCCAAUCCACAAGGUGAUCCGCAUCGGCUUCCCGUCCACCAGCCCAGCCAAGGCCAAGAAGAGCAAGCGUGUGGCCAUGGGCGUGUCGUCUCUGGCCCACAGCCCCAGCAGCUCCUCCAUCAGUUCAGUCAGCUCGGUGGCGUCCUCUGUUGGCGGACGGCCGAGCCGAGCUGGACUGCUGACGGAGACGUCGUCGCGUUACGCCCGGAAGAUCUCCGGCACCACAGCCCUACAGGAGGCGCUGAAGGAGAAGCAACAGCACAUCGAGCAGCUGCUGGCCGAGAGGGACCUGGAGCGCGCCGAGGUGGCCAAAGCCAACAGCCACAUCUGCGAGGUGGAGAAGGAGAUGAGCGUCCUCAAGACGCAGCACGUCCAGUAUGUGACAGAGAAUGAGAGCACACUCCAGCAGAUCAAAGCCAUGUUGGCCAGCACACAGAAAGACAAGCUGGAACUGGCCAAUCAGCUCGAAGAAGAGAAAAGAAAAGUGGAGGACCUGCAGUUCAGAGUGGAGGAGGAGUGCAUCACUAAGGGAGACCUGGAGACACAGACGAAAAUGGAACAUGCCCAUAUUCGUCAGCUUGAGCGGAACCUGCUCCUCGAAAAGUCGAGAGCAGAGGUGCUUCAGAAAGACUUAGAGAGGAGGAGGGGGAGAUUCACUCAUGACGCAGCAGCCUUGAGGUUGGGUAAGAGAACCAAGCAAACCACGGUGGAGGAGCAGAGUCGCAUCAUGCAGCUGGAGGAGGAGCUGACCCUCAGAAGAGCCGAGGUCAAGAACCUCCAGGCCCAACUCGGAGGCGGUGAUGCCGGCUCGCUGAAGGCCGGCGACGGCGACAACGCCGGCUCCGACGCUGAGCCAGAGACGCUGCUCCUGCGCGAGCAGCUGCUGUCGGCGGGCCGCGAGCACUUCAGGGAGAGCAGCGAGCUCAAGGAGAAGUACGAGACGGCGUUGGCAGCGAGUGGGCUGGAGGUCGACUCUCUGAAGGCUGUGGUGGAGAAACAGAACCAGGAAAUCUGUGAGCUGAAGCAGAAGGUCCAGCAGGCCAACAAGGAGAACAUGGAGAUGAUGGACACCUGGAAGGCUAAAUUUGACACUUUGGUGAGUGACCACCAGCGAUCCCUGGAGGAGUUGAAGGCCACGUUGACGAGUGACUGCGUCACUGAGGGCCAGGAGCAGGACAGCCAGGAGCUGAGAGCCACGCUGGAGAGCCUGAAGAUGGAGCACCAGCUGGAGGUGGAGAAUCUCAAGGCCAAGCACAAGAUCGAAGCCGCCAUCCUGACCAAAGAGCACGAGGACCUCUGCAUCCGCCUCCAGGAGGCCAGAGACCAACUGGCCGAGGGCAACCACACCUGGAGGACUGAGGUGGAGGACCAGAGUGGGAAGCAGGCCCUGGAGGAGGCAGCCGAGAAGCUCCAGAAGGCGGAGCAGAGGCUGGCGGAGAUGGAGAGACUGCAGGUGGAGCGGGAUCGCAGCGCGCAGCAGCUGAGGGAGAGACUGGAGCUGUCGGAGAAGAAGAUGACGGAUUACCAGGCUGUGCAGAGCGCGCACGCAGAGAGUCGGGAGGAGAUCCAGAAACUGGAGGAGAAGCUCAGGGUGACGGCGAACCAGCUCCAGGCCAUCCAGGCCGACCGCUACACUUCCCAUGAUGCAAACGUCAUAGAAGACAACGAAAUUUCAGAGGAGAAGAUGAAGCUGAAACAAAAUAUCGAAGAAACGAUGGAGAAGUUGUUGAAAAGGGAAAAAGAAGUCUCGACACUCACCUCGCAGGUGGAAGCUCUCAAAUCACAGAUGGGAGCUCUGGAGAGCAAAGUUCGAGCCGGGGAGAAGAAAGCCGACAUCCUGUCCAGGGAGAAGAUGCGCGUGGAGGCGGAGCUGGAGACCAUGACCAGGAAGUCCCAUGAUGCAUCCGGGCAGCUGGUGAGCAUCAGCCAGGACCUGCUGAAGAAAGAGAGGAGCCUGAACGAACUGAGAGUGUUGCUCCUGGAGUCGCAUCGUCAUUCUCGGGACAUGGAAAAGGAUCUGAACCGGGAAGUGCGCAAGGCGGAGUGGAAGGUGAAGGAGCAGAAACUCCAGGACGACAUCAAGACGCUGCGGGAAAAACUCCUCCUACUGGGUCAGGAACGAGCGUCACCUGACCACCGGCGUCACUCCAUGCUGGAUCCGUCGGCGCCGGACUCGGAGGCAAACCGCCUGCGCCAGCGGCUGCUCAGCACAGAGGAGGCCCUGAGGAACGCGCUGGAACACAACCAGCAGGUGGACCAGCUGGUGCAGGCCAUGCGCCGGCAUCCGGAGAAAAGCCCGGCGCACGGCGCAAAUUCUGCAAAUGGGAUUCAUCAUCAGGAGUCGGGCAACACUCGAGAUGAACAACACUGAUAUGAGAAGACGAGAUGAGACGUAAGCAGAAGCGGUCCCGCGACGGACACCAGAGCGAUUUUUUCCGUUUACACUUCAAACCAAAACAGCCAAAUCUCCGCUGAAUUUUUACGUGUUGUCGCAGAAAAGCACCUAUUAGCCAAUCACAAAGUUCUAUUAAAAAAAAAUGUCACCCGCAAAGUGGGACAUGGACUUGGAAGAGAAGAGAAGACGAAAUAUCGGUACAACUGCUGAGAACUCGCAGUGCGAUGCCGACAACUUUGACGAAGUAAUGUUUAAAAAAAAAAUAAUAAUAAAAAAAAUACAGAGAACAUUUUGACAAUUCAGAAACUUCGGAGAAAGAAGGAAGUGAAGAAGCGAGUCUCAGUCGCUUUGUUUAUUUAUUUAUUACGUUCAUUUUCUUUUCUCUCUCCCUCCGCUUUGUAAUAAUAACGUGUACUGUAGGUGAGCUGUCUCAGCUCCUCGAGGACGAUGACGACGUCACCUGACCUGGAGACAGGGUUUUUCAGAAUCAUCACAGUUGCAGUGUUUACAAACCAUGUUUACUUACAGUCUACGAUAAUUAUGUGGAAGGUCUGGUGUGUAAGAAUUAAUGACAUCUAAUGGUAAGACGGCAGAUUGCCGCACUCUCCCCUAGCAUGUCGAGGAACUAUCCUGGCCUUUACAUGCCAGAAAGGUCAGAUGUCACUCCGCCUCCUUUUGUUAGUUUAUGCAUCGGGAUUAUGUAGGCGGAGCUGUUCUUCGUUUGCAUCAAAAUGGUGGCCCCUAUAAAGCAAGGUCCUUAUAUGAAACGCCAAUUCUAAUGCCACGAAAACCAAUCAAAUUUUAUUUUUAAUUUAAAGCAAUUAUCAAUUUCUGUCAAUUAAUACUCAUAA